AUGGAUGAAGAGGGAAACAAUUCAGUCAUUCUUGGUAGACCCUUUUUGGCUACAGCUAGAACAAUCAUUGAUGUGGAAAAAGGAGAGAUGAUUUUCAGAGUGCAUGAUGAGCAAAUGACCAUAAAUGUCUUCAAAGCAAUGCAACACCCUGUUGAGAAAGAAAAUUGCAUGAGGAUUGAUGUAGUAGAUUCUUUGGUUGAAGAAGUGCUUGACACAAACCAUCAAAUGAAACAAGAGGAAGUCCAUAACAUCAAGGGACAAGAAGAGAACAAAUUGGAAGCAUUAGAGGAACCAAGUGAAGCUACCAAAGAAGAGGCACCACAACAAGAGUUGAAACCACUACCCCCUCAUCUUAAAUAUGAAUUCCUUGGGGAGAAGGAUAGCUUCCCAGUGAUCAUCAAUUCCACAUUGAAUGCAGAGGAAGAAGAAAAGCUCCUUAUGGUUUUGAAAGCUCAUAAAGAGGCGUUGGGAUGGACCAUUGAUGACUUGAAAGGCAUAAGCCCUGCUGUAUGCAUGCACAAGAUACUUCUAGAGGAGAAUUCCAAACCAGUGGUACAACCUCAAAGAAGAUUGAAUCCCACAAUGAAGGAGGUUGUUCAAAAGGAAGUCCUGAAGUUGUGUAAGGCUGGGAUCAUCUACCCUAUAUCUGACAGCCCAUGGGUCAGUCCAGUGCAAGUAGUGCCUAAGAAAGGGGGGAUGACUGUCAUUGUUAAUGAGAAGAAUGAGCUUAUUCCAACACGAACAGUGACAGGGUGGAGGAUGUGCAUAGACUAUAGGAGGCUGAAUGAUGCCACACGGAAAGAUCACUUCCCUCUACCUUUCAUUGACCAGAUGCUUGAAAGAUUGGCUGGCCAUGCUUAUUACUGUUUUCUUGAUGGAUAUUCUGGGUAUAACCAGAUUGUGGUUGACCCCAUGGAUCAAGAGAAGACUUCCUUUACUUGUCCCUUUGGAGUCUUUGCAUACAGGAGAAUGCCAUUUGGACUGUGUAAUGCCCCAGCUACCUUUCAAAGGUGCAUGCUAUCAAUCUUCUCAGACAUGGUAGAAAAAUUUAUUGAAGUCUUUAUGGAUAAUUUCUCUGUUUUUGGUGAUUCCUUCAAUACUUGCUUGCAUCAUCUUACCCUAGUCUUGAAAAGGUGCCAAGAAACAAAUGAUGCCAAACCAAGGCUAAUCAGAUGGGUGCUACUCCUACAAGAGUUUGACAUUGAGAUCAAAGAUAGAAAGGGCAGUGAAAAUCAAGUUGCUGAUCACUUAUCAAGGGUACCACAAGAUGCAUGCCAAGACAACCUUCCAUCAAUAAAUGAAGAAUUUCCAGAUGAACACCUCUUGCACAUUCAACAUGUCCCUUGGUUUGCAGACAUGACCAACUACAAGGCAGGAAGAAUCAUUCCACAAGAGUACACAAGACAACAAGUUAAGAAGCUUUUGCAUGAGGCUAAGUUCUUCUUUUGGGAUGAACCAUUCUUGUUCAAAAGAUGCCCAGAUGGAAUGAUAAGAAGAUGUGUGUCAGAAGAUGAGAUGAAGAACAUACUAUGGCAUUGUCACAACUCUAGUUAUGGUGGUCAUUUUGGAGCCGAAAGAACGGCUGCAAAGGUCCUUCAAAGUGGCUUCUACUGGCCCUCAAUCUUCAAGGAUGCUAGAGAGUUUGUGAGCCAUUCCAAUGAAUGUCAAAGAACAGGGGGUUUGUCAAAGAAAAAUGAGAUGCCUCAGAAAUUCAUUUUGGAAGUGGAACUCUUUGAUCUGUGGGGAAUAGAUUUCAUGGGACCUUUCCCUCCAUCCUACACGACAGCCUUCAAGACACCCAUAGGAAAAUCUCCAUUUCAGCUGGUGUAUGGAAAGGCAUGCCACCUCCCUGUAGAGCUUGAACAUAAGGCUUUCUGGGCCACCAAACUUCUAAAUCUAGAUGCUCAAGCAGCAGGAGAGAAGAGGUUACUACAACUCAAUGAACUUGAGGAGUUCAGAUUGGAGGCAUAUGACAAUGCCAAAAUAUACAAAGAGAGAGCAAAGAGAUGGAAUGAUAAGAGGAUCUCUCAAAGAACAUUCGAACCAGGCCAAAAGGUGUUGUUAUUCAAUUCAAGAUUGAAGAUCUUCCCUGGGAAGCUGAGGUCUAGAUGGACUGGUCCAUACACCAUCACCAAAGUAUCACCUCAUGGCUAUGUCGAAUUACUUGAUGAAGCCUCAAAACAAACAUUCACAGUCAAUGGACAUAGGGUGAAGCAUUAUUUUGGUGGCCCUUGGAGCAAGGAAGAGAGUGUGCAACUCCUAACAUGA